AUUGGUCUGAAGUGGGAGGAUUAUCUGGACUGGCUCAGAUCUUCUGUGUUUUAUAUGGAAGGGUGUAUCAUUAUCUGUCUUACUGACUGGGUUGAGCAGGAGGUUUGUUCUGAUUCAUAUUUCCAAAAGUCUCCUGUUUUUAUGAGAGAAGUGCACAAUGGUAAUCGCAGGGCAUUCGGCUUCUCUGGCGCUGCUGCUUUCACUUGCUUUUGGUGUUGCACAUACCAUUCGAUCUUUGAAGGAUGGACCCAUGAUUGAUGCUGAAGGAAGACAAUAUAAAUCUGCAGUGUUAACUACUGGAGAAAACAGUGGGUCAGACUCCAGUGAUGAGACCGCUGUGCAUGUCCGAUGCACAGAAACAUCCAUGAUCAUUACGGUAAAGGCUGACCUGUUUAAAUAUGGACGUCUUGUCUCUGCUGGAGAGCUGUUUUUGGGAGAAGGUGAGCACACAGAGAGUAGUCAGUGCCAAGCUGUUGCAGUGACUGACACUGAACUUGUCAUUGAAGCUGGACUGCAGGACUGUGGCUCCAAAUUAACUAUGUCUGAGGACUUUGUGACCUACUCCAACCAGCUGAUGUUCUCACCUGCUACCAGUCACCAUGGCGUUACCAGGAUGAUCCGUGCUGUAGUCCCUGUUAACUGCCACUAUAAGAGGACGCACUUUGUGAGCAGUUACCCUCAGCAGCCUCUGGUCCUCUCCGCUUCUGCAAAGUAUUCUGCUUUCUCCUUAAAGCUGAUGACUGGUGACUGGAGAAGUGAAAUGUCCUCCAAUGUCUUCUACCUUGGAGACCUCCUGCACCUUGAGGCUUCUUACACUGGUCCUGAUGCAGAACAAAGACUACUCUUCAUCGACAGCUGCGUUGCCACUCUGACACCAGAUGCAACAUCAGUCCCCAGAUACUACUUUGUUGAAAACCAUGGAUGUGUCACUGAUGCAAAAGAGGAAGGAUCAAAAGCUCUGAUCCAUCCCAGGACGAGGGCUGAUUUGCUUCAAAUGCAGCUUGAUGCCAUCCUGUUUCACCAUGAUCCAAGGAACUCGGUAGCUGCUUAUGAGAGCAGCCCAGUCAACAAGGCCUGCAAUUAUGUUUAUUCAAGCUGGAAAAAUGUGGAUGGGAAUGAUGGUGUGUGUCGGUGUUGUGAAAACAUCUGCCAUCAUAGAUCACUCAAAGGUGAAAACAUCUGUCAUCACAGAAGAUCACUCAAAGAUCUCACGGUUUGUGGCACUGUGACUCUUGGCCCUUUCACGAUUUUCCCCAGCUAGAGAGCAAAGAACAGAUCUGGAUCAGAAACAUUCAGUUCCUUCUUUUUCUUGGCAGGCUAACAGUUGGCAAAUUUUAUUUGUGUUUGAGAAGAUGUUCUGUAUGCCCUAAUGAUAAAAUUUCAUGAUAAACUAUACCACAUGUCAGAAGUUUGAUUUAA